GCAACGAUAUCUACAGUAGAGAGCUGGUUGUGCGUUUUGGGAAACGUUGGAAUGAAUAAGAGCCUUUCUUUUUCUUCUGCACCGCCGUCUCUUUUGAACAUGCGUGACUUCCGUAUCUUUCACAACUCGAACAAUUUCAUUUCUUCUCCCUUUUCAAUAAGAGGUACACACACACACACACACGACUGACGCACGUUGCUUUACGUCUAAAUAAUAGCUUUCUUUGCGUUUGGUUUGUUAAGCCGCUAUUGGGAAAGGGAAACCCUUGCCUUUCUCUCUCACGACUUCCCUGUUUUUUUGCCUCUUCUCCUCUUCCCCUCACUUCACCGUACUUUCUUACUUUGUCAAGGGGUGAAGAUCGAGUCUCACUGCAACGGUACACUUAGUCUUCUACGGUUUUUUUCUGCAUGUUUAUACACUCUUUGCUCCAUGCUCCAUCGCCGGCCCACGCUAAGGUCAUCUGUGGUGCGUGGCACAUCUGUGUCGGUCACCUUCAAAGGGCUGGGGACCUAUGACUACCCUUCUGCGUUCACGUGGCCGCCACCGCAGGAUGAAACUGCAGGCAGCGAAAACGGGAGCGCCAGAAGCCACGGACCGCGGCCACCUUCUACGGCCCCGUCUUCCUCCCCAAACUACAAUAACAGCGACGACUACGUAACUCACUACCGAUCCCCCUUCUCUGUGCUGCGCAGCCGGCAGUCGCGCGUCAACCGCUGCGCCGCUGGCAUGCUUGGCUCGUCCUUCGACACAUCUACCCGUUACCUACUCGGCAAAAGCAGCAAGGCACCGUGCGCGCAGCCGUAUUGCUGCUGCAGUGCUCUCCUGUACCCCGCCACCUUCGCGGCGCAGACAGAGGCAGCGGAGCGCGUGCGCGAUGACUUCGUGUGGUCGCUGAAGCUCGGAGGCGUAGAGGACCUUCUACGGACCACCCUCGGCGUCGACCUGCACACGCGGCUGAGGGACACGCUCGGCGCGCCGCCCGUGACUGCAGCGGUCCUCAGCUGCAGUGACCCAACUAAGAUGGCCCAACUUAUGUCUCACACAACACCAUCUGCCGUCGCCGGUGAUACUCAGGCAGGAAAUGUUCCUGUCCCGUCCAACGCGGAUCCCGCGAACGCCGCUUUCAUCGCGCGCCUCCUCCUCAGCGCGGACGAGGACAAUCGAAUCCGCUGGUUGCAGGAGGAGUCCGCCUCGAUGGAGCUGGCCGACUACUACAGCCGUGCCCCGUCCCUGCGCGCCCUCUUCAUUUUGUGGUCGCUGCUGCAGCAUCAACAGCGUGUGCGUGGCGCCGCGGUGCGCGGCAGCAGCGUUGGUGGCGGUGAUGAGAGUCGAUAUGGUGGGGACAGGGAUGGCGGUGAUGGCGACAGGUGGGGUGAGGUGUCGAGGUAUGACGGUGCCGACGGCCCACGCAUGCGCGGCUCGCCCUCGUCCCUCACGCCGUGCCCAAAGAUGAGCGAGAUACGGCACGUACUGCUGCGUAUGGAGGAGCGGCGAGUGGAGGUGAUGAUGUCCGACAUCGCUGCUCUCGCGGCCAUCGGGACAGGCGGCACCGGCUCCACCGCAAUCCCUGAUGGCGACUUCUGGGACAGCCUUGCAAAGAUGCUCAAACCACAGGAAGUAGCCGCAGCCCUGCACACGUCGUCGUCUUCCACAGCUCCAUCAUUAUCGUCGCCCGGACACACUACGACGAUGACGGUCGCCGAGGAGGCCCUGGGGCUGCAGCAUAUCCUUCUGCUGUGUCUUCUGCUGCGAUACGUACUGUUGGUGCGGGCGGAGGCGGCCCAGAGAGACGCAACAUUGUCGCAGCCACCGUCAACGUCGACGUCGGCGCUCGCGUCGCAAAGUAAACUGCCGCUGCCGAUUGCCGCCUUUGCGGCGGUCAGCAGCGUCAUCCGGCUGCGUAAGGCGUUAACAGCGGCGCCUGCGGAGGGCGGUGCUAACGUUGCCGACGUUGCGCAACGCACUUCUUCUGCGGUGAUCCAAGACGUCAUUGUGGUGCUCUCUGAUGUUGUGUUGAAGCAUGCGUACGAGAUGGCCGAAACGUCGCACGUCCCUGCCUCCAGCCCACACCUGCCGGAGCUGACGACGUGGCUGCUACGUGAGAUGGUCUCCAGCCCUGUGUGCGAGUUUCACUUUAAGCGACUGGUCGACCGCAGCAUCACCGAGGCCCUCGUCGCGCUGGAGAAGAGCGGGCUGGUUAAUCGAUCCACCAUUGACCUGAAGGUCGUCGUGCGCCAGCUGUUGCCGUUGCUGGAGAGCUGCAGCAGCGAAGACCUUUACACGUCCGUGCUGCGAGACGUGCUGUCGGCACUCGAGGAGAAGGCUCGACGCGACGGCUACGCCUUCUCUGCCGAGGACCUGCAGUACCUAGCGGAGCUCGGCACAAAGCUGUUCUCCAGCGGUCCGUCGGACAGCACCACCGGCGGCUACGGUCUUCAUGAUGAGACGGUACGCGCGCAAAUGGAGGAGCUGCAUGUGAUGGACGGCAGCCCCUGGGCCCUCUGCGUGUCGUCCUACCGGUCUCUCAAGGAAAUGCUGCAGGGGAUUGUGCGGGAUCAGCGGAGGUUGAAGGAGCAGGUGCAAGACCAGCUGCGCCAGCUCUCCAACGCCAGCACCUUGUCUGCCGUGAUGAGUGGAAGUGGUGGGGAGACGGAGGCGGAGGCAACGAAAGACACGAGCGGCACCGCGAAGAAUUCGAAGGCCCAGCAUACACCGAGCUCAGAAAGUAGUGUGCACGACAUCACUUCGUCCGCAUCGACAGCGGCAGCCCCUCUAUCGGGACAAGCUGGUCAGUCAGAGGGGGAGAGGAGUAGUGCGGGCGGCGGUGCAGCGCAGGACGCACGGCCCACGCCCGCCGCCCCACCACGCAUUCCGGUGCCCCCGAUUCUCCGCCAGCGUUUUCUUAAUCUCAUUGAAGAGUUGGUGAAGUCGCAGGUGGACGAGAGCUCGGCGCACUCAGAGAAGCCCAUCGUGGUGAGCAGUGAGCUCUUUGCCUUCGUCACGCAGCACGUACCGGUGCCGAACAUUCAAGAUGAGUACCGUCGCAAGAUUUUUUUGCUCGUGAACGUCGCUGAAGACCCGGCGACGACGCGGCAGCGCAUCGCACAGCGCAGGGAGGAGCGCAGGCGCCGGCUGCGCGCAGAGGCGACCGCCGGGCCAGGAGGGGCGGAGAGACUGCGUCGGAGGAUUCGAAAGCCGAACAGAGGCGAUGCCGUCAGCGCGGAGGAGGAGGAGAAUGCCAGGUGCAAUCCGGUGGAUAUGCGUGUAGAGAAGGGAGAGAAGGAUGAGGCCGACGCAGACCCGCAUGGAGGGGCCAAUGACAUCCCAGCUGAGCUGCGCUUACUCGUCAGCUCGCUACCCCUCACGUUAUCGCCGUGGGCGAGUGUCAUGAUCCUGCGCGAGGUCCUGGCGGAGUCGGCGGGCCGCAACCCGCGCUACACGUACGUGCUGAACGCAGCGAUUGAUCUUCAGCUGCCCAUCUCCACCACCCGCUCCCGCAUUGCGACGACGCUGAACAUGUGGCGCUUCCUUAAUACCCAAUCCCACAAGCUGAGCUUGAAGGAGAGUCUUGUGAUGAAGCAGCGCUGUGCGUGGAAUCUGCCCCUGUCCUACAUUCUGUCGUCCUACUGGUCCUUGCUGACGUGGCUCGCCCUGGCCAGCAUCGUCGCGCUGAACGUCGUCGGCAUCGACUGGGAGUCGCAAAUUGUGGCUAGUUCGCUCUUUCGCAUGUUCGCCCCGUGGGAGGAGAUUUGUGCUACCCCGCCCGAUGAGGAGAGUGCCGGGGAGACGUGGACGAAGCAGGCCGCCGCUGACCUGGCCGCGGACUACUUCGAGCAAGCCGAGAUCGCCGACCGUCGUCGCGAGGAGCACCGGCGCAGCAGCACCAACGUUUUCCUCUCCUCCGCGUCGUACCUCGUUCUCGGCUACGACGACCAGCGGCGACCCAUGACGGUCAUCCCUAUUGGCAGCGACGGUGCGGCGUCGGCUGAGGAGCGGGCUGCCGAGGAGUACGCCGCGGCGACCGCCGUCCUACGCGAGCUGUCUCUCCACGCACCCUUCCCCUUCUUUGUCGACAUUGAGCGUGCACUGCCGAUUGAGCUGGUGGAGACGCGCAUUGCGGAUCGAAUUCGUCGAGUGUCCUUCAACAACACGUGGUUCCUGCCUCGCAUGAUCAUCCGCACCUUCCCCCUCGGGCGACACUACACGGAGCACAAGCUUAUCCUGCACACCUGCACCCAGGCCAACUUAACCCGACGCCGCGUGACGUUCCUCUUGUACAUGCACGAUGGCGUGGCGGUCACCCCACAAUUCAUUCAGAAGCUGAACGAGAGCUACCUGUCCAAGCACGCCAACCUCGUUCUCGUGAUGCACGAGUCGAGUUUGCGGAAGGGCGGCACCACCCCCGCCUCUCUGGCGAAGAUCAGCCAGUCCAGCGUCACCACCCACGGUGCGGGAGUUAGCGUGGGCAGCGUGGAGAGUGUAGCGAGUGCGGCGGCGGACAUGAUGGAGUCGGUGCUUCCGGAUGAGGUGAGGGAAGCGGCGUUUGCCGCGGCCUACGCCGGCGUCGCACCGGACCAGCAGGUGCGUGUGCUGCCAUUGUGUCGCCAGUACUACACCAACGACGGCACAAUGGUGUCGGAGGCGAUGCGAGUCAAGAUGGAAUCAGCUGGCACGAGCGUGCAAACAACGGCAGCAGCGGCCGAGGAGACCAGCGGGUGGUGGCAUCGCUUGAUGUCGUAUGUACAUCUACACGGCAGCUCCUCGUCAAGGCCUGCUGCGGCUGAAACAGCCGCGUCGCUUCCCCUCUUCGCGUCCGCAUUUAGCGCACAGCGCGCCUCGCUCCGUCGCAGUCAUGAGCAGCAAUCAGACGAUGUCACGAGCAACACGAGCAGAAAUGCUUCCUUUAGUGCGCGAGCAGCUCAGUGGUGGAAGCAGACGUUGUUCGACGCCGUCGCCCCAGACAGUGGAGUAAAGAGAGCGGAAGAUAAGAAGGAAGAGAAUACGCAAAGGAGGGAUGCGCCAAACACCGAGCACACCCCGACACUCCAAAAAACAGAGACCACCACGACGUCGCACGCUGCCCCCACGGCGGAGAGGCAUUCACACGCCGACUACCCCAGCGGCUUUCAGGAUGAUGCGGUGGAGGAUCGAGCGGGCAGGAACGUUGUCUCCGUCUCCUUCACGGCGCUGCGCCGCUUGAUGGCGGAGGUGUCCGCGCCGGUGCCAAUUCCGCGCAAGAAACACAGCUCCAACAGCAGCAGCAACGCUGCAACGAGAGGUUCCUUGUCAUCCACCGCGGGUGUGACUGGAUGUGAGGAAGGCAGAGACGCUUCUCCACCGCAUGACGCGCACGCGUUGUCCCACCCCGCCCCCCACUCCUCCUCGUCCCCGGAGGAGGGAUGGAGGCGCUUCUGGUCCGUCUUCUACGGCCGCACGACGGCGGCUCCCGCCAUCGCCGAAGAAAAUGCGGAGGCGCCGACAGCAUCGUCAACUUCCGCGCCCACGCCGCAAACAACACAGGAAUCUUCAGCGUCGUCCUCUUCUGCGCCACCGCCCCCGUCGCCACAUGUGUCGCCGCUGUCCUUCUCUUCGAUGCCGACGGCUGACUUGGCUCGUCAGAACGGCUCCAAAUGGGAAGGUGAGUGGCAGAAAACGGACGAAAUGCUCGCGCAGCUUCGACGCACCACCGGCGCAAACGCGUAA